AUAGGUAUUGUAGCAGCCGAUAAAUUGCUGCGUAAAUUAGUUGGCGCUUUGAUAAAUGAAACGGAAACUAUUUCGUAAUUUUUACUGUAUAUAGAGCUUUUAGACUAUUAUCAGUAAUAGUUUAAAGAACUUAUGGAAGUUGUGGCAAGCACUAUUCGCUUUUCAACCCAGACUGCAACAGAGAUCGAAGUUUAUUCCGAUUCCAAAUAUCUGAGCCAAAUUGUAGAUACUCCUGUGACAAUUGUUUAUUAUACCAUGAGAGUGUGAAUGAAUAUCGUUCACUAUACUAACUUUCGAAGAUUUGAUAUAUAGAAAACCUUCGACGCCAAAGUUGGAUAGCUUCAAAUAGAGGAAGAACUUGAGUUUUCUGACUGGUAUAUUGUGACGAAAUAUUUACUAAAUAACGAUUGUAAGCUGUGCAAUAUACAAACUAGAGUUACAGAAGCAAACUAUAUUCAAACUUUCAGCAAUUCCUUGUUUCCAUUGAAAAGAUAAACAAGUUCAACCCGUGAAAUUUUCAAAAUUCAGAAACUACUUACCAUAUUUACAUAGUGUUCUUGAAACUUCUAUUUGUUGCCAAACAUAGCAACAAAUCCUCUUUCAACAACCAGAAGCACUGGUUGAGUGGCUAUCGACUAUUCAAGUUUGUUAUUCUGACAAUAUUAUUAGACUUUUGAAUCUCUUUCCAAGAAAACAACACGAUCUAUAGAAAUGAAAGCCUCUUUACCGCAAAAGUCCAAAAGGAAAAACAAGGCUCGUAAACAAAGUGAAAGAACUUUUGAACUAAAGUUGAAGAAUACGUGGUCUAUACGUGGACUUGAGAGAAACAAAUAUACGACACCUUUAUGGAAGGUUUCAUCAGUUGCACUGGCUAAAGCCAAAGCACAAAACAACAAAUGUUUUCUCGAGGGAGAUUGGCGGGAAAGCUUUGAAAUGGAAACUUCACCGCCACAAGACGAACGAGACGACUCUGAAGAACUGCGAAGAGGCUUUAUGUCCUACUCUUCUUCCUCCGAAAACAACAGUGAAUUACAGGAAGACAUAGAUGAACUCAUUCGAACCAGUCGACAAGUUUUAAGAGAAAAUGGACAAACCGCAAGCAACGACUUUAAGGUGCCUUAUAAAUAUACAAAGGACCAGGCAAUUGCAAAAUUGCAAGAGAUUGCGAAGAAUUUUGUCAUAGAACACUUGCCGAAUAGGAGAAACUUUGACUGCCCGAAACAGGAACCGUCCGAUUUUUUAUUGCAAGGUAGACAUUCUUUAUUGAUACAAGAGAGGGAAUCAGAUUCUUCUGAAGAUGAACUUAUUGUUACGAAUCAGCCAAAGCGAACUUUACCCAGUUUUUCUCAUUUGUUCAUGCGAAAAGAGCUUCGAAUGAAAGCAAAGAAAAUGGCACAUGAAAGACAACUCAAAUGUAACAGCAAACAGAUAGAAGAGCAGAUUGAAGUAAAGCAGGAAGGAAAUUCUAGUGAAAGUGAAGGGCUCGAUAUUCAGAGUCAAGAGGAUUGCGUUGAUCAUUUUGAUGAAAAUCUGGAAACUACGAGAGAAACUCUGGAAACGGAACCUUAUUACGACACUACAGACAGAAGACUCAAGGAAUCUGUUGACUCCAAUCAACCAGAGACCACAACU